GUUAAAGAGUGCAGGGUAACGGUCGGCAGACUGUCACUCCUACACGCCCUCCCCUUUAAGAGCUCUCAGUGAGUUUUCAGAGUUGAGCAGCUCUCCGCUCCCACAGCUCUCUGUCUCACUCAGUCUCUCAUCUAAAGCUCAGUUUCUCUGCGCAAACACGGCCGUUUAUCAGUCUUUAUCACACUGGUUUUACAUUACGGAUUUAGACGAUCUUCACACCGCUCCAGCGCUGAAAAUGUAACCGGUCAACAGAAUAAGAUGAGGGACUGGCAUCCUCCACCUCCUCCUCCUCCCUUGGCCAGUGUUACUGCUGCUUUGCAUGCAGGCUAAUCCCAUAGCCCAUGUACACCAUGGCAACUAUUGAUCCAGGCUCUGAUGCAGAGGACCUGUUGGCUUCCAUUCACCUUGAGAAGUAUUUGGACGACUUCAGACAGGCAGGCUUUCUGCUGGCCCGGGACUUUUGUCAUGUUGACAAUACAGUUCUGAACAGACUCGGAGUGACGGCCACCGGCCACAGGAAGCGAAUCCUCAAACUGGUCGAGUACAUUCAGCUGAUCUGCCAGUAUCAAAGGAACGACUCCCUGUUGGACCGCUGUAACUCAGAGUCAGCCAUUCACGAGGCGACUGCUGACGAGCUAGGGCCUCUUGCACCUCGAGGCAAUGCGGACUCGUCCUUUGAAGCAUCGCGAAACAGCUCUGUUCCAAAUCUGUCUGCCCUUGUUAAGCGUUCACACUCAGAACGCAGCACUGCCGUUGUGAAGCCGAUCCCAAAACCCAGAACUGUCUUCAACAAACAAAGGGUGCAGCAGCCGUCUCCACCCUCACGACAAGCACCACAGUUCCGCAGAAGCUCCUCUCAGGAUUCUCCCCGUUCUUUAGUUCUGGAGGGUUCUUCUGUUGAGGAACCCAACCCUAAAUCUGUAGGUCUAAGGGAGAACUUGAACUUGUGUAAAGACCACUUGAGUAGUAUUUUGUCAUCACCAGAGACUAGUGGGCCACUACCUCCAGUGCCCCCAAGGUACAACCGAGGGGUUCCCCCAUCUAUAUUCAAAAGGAUGUCUGACCAGGAUCAGCUAACCACCCCACCACUUUCCUCCUCUCCCGAUUCCCUUUCCAGUUAUCAGUGUUCUCCAUUUACCAGCACACCUGGCUCCCCUCCCAGCCCUCCAUGCUCAGGCCUGGAAAUGAUCUCCAAUGAAAUCUACUGUGGCACUUUACCGGGCUCUUCCCCCACGCUUUGGAGCCGCACUGUACCUACUCCUCCACCACGCCAAGAGCUCAACACAUCUACUGAAAGCAAUAGCACUUUAAACCACACCUCGCCAGAACCAUCUAAACGAACGUUUGCUCCUGCAGAUGAAGAAGAUGAUCUCAUCAGCCCAUACUGUGAAACUGUUUUGCAAAGCAAGCGCCAAUAUCAGCAUUCUGAGGUUGAAAGACCCAGAAGUGGGGAAAAAGUUGGAACUAAAGAAGAUAAGACUAGAGAAGACCAUGGUUCCAAGCGCCACACCCAGUCUUCCCCUGGUGACUCUCCAGGCUACUGCACAGUGGGAGAUCCCUCACCUGCUUCACGCUCCUUCGCUUUGCCUCCUCACGCCCUGUUCCCCAGCGAACUGGACGAAGAUCAGACCAUCUCCCCCUACGCCAGCUACACCUCACUGUCCGAGCGCACAGCACCCAUAAUCAGUGGCUGGCUGGACAAGCUUUCCCCCCAAGGGUACGGCCUGUCGGGGCAACUGCUCUUCUCCUGUCUCUGCAUUUCCUUCCUUCUCAAGGCCUGUUUCUGCCUCCUGUCCGUCCUUUCCUGCCGGAAUUAUGUGUUCCAGAAGCGCUAUGUUAAAUUUGAUGGAAAAAACCUGAUGUACUAUGGAAGCGAAAAGGACACAUACCCAAAAGGUGUGAUCCCUCUAGCGGCAAUACAGAUGGCUCGUGUUGCUAAAGACAACAAGUUUGAAGUUGUGACCAGCCAUAGGACGUUUGUCUUUCGCGCUGACAAUGAAGUGCAGAGGAACAAAUGGUGCAGUGUGCUGCAGGAGCGCGUGAAGGAGCAGAUGGUGUUCGGCAGGCCUCGCUUCGGCCCGGGCAGCCACUGCCAGAAAAGCGGCUUCCUAGAGCUCAAAGGGACCAAGUCAAAGAUCUACGCCGCCAUUAUAACAGAACAAAUCUGGCUGUACAAGAAUGAGCAGUGCUUUAACACCGGAAUUGGAAUCAGCGUGAUUGAGGCCAGAGGUGCUACAAUCCGAGAUGGCAAGAGCAAAAGCUUUGACCUCAUUACCCCUUACAAGACCUUCAGCUUCACGGCUGAGUCGGACCGGGAUAAGCGUGAAUGGAUGGAGGCUCUGCAGGAGUCCAUUGCAGAGACGCUCUCUGAUUACGAAGUGGCUGAGAAAAUCUGGUCAAACCGCUCCAACAAGAUCUGUGCUGACUGCAAAGCCAUCAAUCCUGACUGGGCCUCUAUUAAUCUCUGUGUGGUCAUCUGCAAGAACUGUGCAGGCCAGCACAGAAGCCUGGGCACAAUGGUUUCCAAAGUGCAGAGUCUGAAACUGGACACCAGCGUUUGGAGCAACGAGAUCGUUCAGCUCUUCAUAAUGCUGGGCAACGACAGAGCCAAUGAAUUCUGGGCUGCUCGGCUUCCGGUGGCUGAGGAACUGGACUGUGAUGCUUCCCCAGAGCAGCGUAGAGAAUUCAUUGUCCAGAAAUACAGAGAAGGACGCUACCGCCACCCUCACCCCAGCUUUAGCACACAGGAGGAGUUACUUAAGGCGCUGUGCACAGCGGUGACCGAACAGAACCUCCUGAAGACGGUCACUCAGAUUUUCGCUGAGGCAGAAGCAGCUCGACUCGCCGACUCUAAUGGACACGAGAAGCACCUGUCCCUACAUUACCCCUACACCCAGGCCUCAGAUUCCAGUGUGUAUGACGAGAUCAUGCAGCCGGUCCUGUAUUCUGGCUACCUUUACAAGUCAAGCUCUAUGAACAAAGGCACUUUAUCCCGUCGGACCAGAGAAGAUUUUCAGAAGUUCUGGUGCUCUGUGGAGAAGUCCCUUCAGUUUUAUGAGUCUGACCGGUGCAAUGAGCCCAACAUGAAGAUAGAUGUUAAAGACAUAAUCUGUUUGGGAGUUAACAGGCCAGACUCAUUAAACAACAACGGCUUUAUUGACAGGUUUCGAUACACUUUUGAACUUUACCUAACAUCUGAAAAGCUUGUUCAGUUUGGCCUGGAGACCCCUGAUGCACUGCAAAGCUGGGCAAAAGCUAUUGGAAAGGCCACCACUCCUCUGAGCUGCCACUGCUUACUGGCCCGGGAGUUUGAACGGGUGGGUGUGCUACGCUAUAAGGCUAUGCUGGACCCGCAGCAGUGGAAAGAAGGGUUUUUUGUCCUGCAGAAGUCCAACCUCUUCAUCUGCCCCGGAAACGAUGGAGCUGCUGAAGACAUCAUCAAUCUGAAACGCCUCCAGGAACUGAGUAUAGCAUCUGAGACAGAAAACCACGAAAAGAAGGAUAUUUUAGUUUUGGUUGAGAAAGGAAGGACUCUGCACCUGCAGGGAAUGGGACGAAUGGAUUUUUCCCUUUGGUAUGCAGACAUCCAGAAGGCUGCAGGAGGGAAGGCCAACACACUGAAGGAUCAGCAGCUCAGCAGGAAUGACAUCCCCAUCAUAGUGGACAGCUGCAUUGCCUUCAUCACCCAGUAUGGCCUGGGCCACGAGGGCAUCUACAGAAAAAAUGGAGCCAAAUCCAGAAUCAAGCUUUUGAUGGAUGAGUUCAGGAAGGACGCUCGCAAUGUGAAGCUGCGUAUCGGGGAUAACUUCAUUGAGGAUGUGACUGAUGUGCUGAAGAGAUUCUUCCGUGAGAUCGAUGACCCCAUCUUCAUGGCUGACCUGCACCCCUACUGGAAGGAUGCAGCCAAGACAUCUAAUAAGAUGCAGAGACUGGAUAGAUAUAAGGAGCUCAUCCGUGGAUUGCCGCGGGUCAACCGGACCACUUUAGCAGCUCUCAUCAGUCACUUGUACAGAGUACAGAAGUGUGCUGACCUUAAUCAGAUGUGCACAAAGAACCUGUCCCUGCUGUUUGCCCCUAGUCUCUUUCAGACAGAUGGAAAAGGGGAGCAUGAAGUGAAAAUUGUAGAGGACCUCAUUGACAACUACCUCUAUGUGUUUGAUAUUGAUGAAGAGCACAAAACCCAGAUCGAACUGGAGAUUAGUCUCAUCACAACCUGGAAGGACACACAGCUCUCCCAGGCAGGAGACCUCAUUAUUGAAGUCUAUUUAGAGGAGAAAACAGCCGACUGCUGCAUCACUCUUAAAGUUUCUCCCACUAUGUGUGCCGAGGAGCUAACUAACCAGGUGCUGUAUCUGAGAAACGUCCCAGCUGGCGAGAAUGUGUGGAUGACCUUUGAAGUGAUUGAGGAUGGAGAACUUGAGCGGCCUCUCCAUCCAAAAGAGAAGGUUCUGGAACAAGCCCUCCAAUGGUGUAAGAUGGCUGAUCCCAGCUCAGCAUACCUGUUGGUCAAGAAGGUUCCCAGGGCGGAUGUAAUAGAUAUCUUUACAGCCUACAAAAGUGAAAUUAUGAAGUUCGGUGUUCUAAAGUGCCGAGAGGAGACGCCCAAACUUCUGCAAGGAACCAAAUUCCAGGAGCGUGGCUUCCAAAUCAGAGACCACAAGUUACUCCUAAUGAAGGAUAAAAAAAGCAACAAACCAGAAAAGGAGUGGCCUCUAAAAACUGUGAAGAUUUACGUUGGUAUAAGAAGGAAGUUAAAACCGCCCACCAAAUGGGGUUUCACUGUGAUGAUAGACAAACAUCAGAUGUACCUCAGUUGCUCCAGUGAAACGGAGCUUUGGGAUUGGAUGACCAGUCUGCUGAAAGCCCAGAACGAUGACUUGCGGCCACCUGUGAUGAGACGCCACUCCUCCUCUGAUAUCUCCAAGCAGAAGUUUGGCACCAUGCCUUUAGUGCCCAUCAGAGGAGAGGAGAGCAACACCAACUCCACCAUGCUAUCAGCUAACCAGACCCUGAGGAAGCUUCAUGAUAGGAGGACACUUUCAAUGUACUUUCCCAUGAAGGUGCAGCAAGACUCUGUGGAGGAGCGGGAUGAGAGCCCUGAGCCGCUCUACGAGGAGGUGGGUGAUUUCAGUCUGCAGGUUCUGAAGUCUUUAGAGACCAGCUUCCGGACCAGUGCGCACGCCGAGACCCUGGAGGUCCCGCCCCGGCCCACCAGCCUCGGCCAGAGGACGACCGGCUCCCUGGACCGCGUGAUCGGCCCAAACCCAGUGCGCUCUCUCUGUGCCGAGGGUCUGCGAAACCCCGGGGGCUCUCUGGACACUCUGGUGCAGGAGGAGCACCACAGCAGGCGCAGCCAGGGCAGACUGCAGAGCCCCUCACGAGAGCUGCUGCUGCAGGAGCUAUCCACAGUCUUCAAAAAGCCACUGGCUGAGGAACAGCAUAGUCCUGAGAGCCUGAAGUGAAGUGACUGAAAUGUCUGAAAUCUGACUGGUCUGAGUGAAUGUAUUGUCUGUCGUAGUCGAGCAGUUUUUUUUUAUGUUUUCCUGCUCAUGAUGAGUUGAGCACACUUGUUGAACUUGUUGUUUCUAAAGUACAUUGAAUUUUCAGUGUUAUAAAAUUUAUAUAACUUACUUCAAUGAAACGUGUAAACUUGUACCAAAGCACUAACAAUUUUUAAUAGAUGUAUUGUAUGUAUUUGUAUGAAAGUCUUUGUUUGUAUGUAAUUGAACUAUACUACUGUACUGUGUAUAUAUAUAUAUAUAUUGCCCUAGUUAACAAAACAGAUCCAGAUCCAGUUGUGUGUCUUUUAGUGAUCUGUUUUAGUACAUGUUUUUGGGCCAAACUAAACAAAAAUAAGUGCCAUCUCACACUUCUCAUCUUUGAAAAUAUAUUUCCAGCUUGAAUUACUGUUUCACAUCCUUGGUUUUUAUAUUGGUUUUUAAGUAUUACUUCUCCAAAUUCAUUUAUUGUUUAUUUUUUAAUAUAAACGGUGCCAUAAACCACAAUAAGCCCAGUCUGCAUGCAAAAACUGGGCAUUAACACAGUAUUGUUCUUGUACAGCAAAUAAAAUAAAACAAUCUGUAUUACAUACAUCUUUACCAGGAACAUGGUCAGUUCUAGAACUUUCGCCUUAUUUUUGCCUGUACAAUUUGUUGUAUUUAUUAAUUUAUUUAUAUAUUCGCCAACAUUCUUCAGGAUUCAGACCAAUGACUCUGUAUAUAUGUUUAUAUACAGUCAUUCAUUCAGACACAUUGUCGUAUGCAAGCAGACUGGAGCUUUUUUCAGCUCGACUUUGAUCAGUAGAGGGCAGUGUAGAUUCAGCACAUAAAUGCUCGACAAUCUUGUUUGUUCCACUUAACUCUUCUCUACAGACAUCUACAGAUCUUGUAUAGUACCUUAUGUAUGCUCUGCUACUGUAUAAUAUUAAUGAAUUUGACCUAUUUUCUGCUGAUGUUUUUUUUUUAUAUAUAUGUUGAGUUAUUGUUCGUGCCACCCCCUUUUUGUUCUCUUGCCUGGAAUGCAAAUGCUUUUGUUUUACUGUUAUAUUCACUUUUUGCUCUGAUAGCAUAUCAGUAUGCUUGUUGGUUAGGCUAAUGUUGUAAUAAUGUUGUAUAUGGCAGUAUUUGUUCAGUGUUCUAAAGCUUGUGGUAGGAUUGAAAUGUCAUUGUACACUGUAAAGGUUAAGGAUCUUCUAGUUAUAACUGCAGAAUAUUUUGGUUUUGCCAAAUGUGUUACUGAAACUGGAAAAGUAUAUUGAAAUAUAUAUGUCUACUUUUGAAA